AUGGCUCACUGGAACCACUCUGGUUCAGGGUCGGGAGCACCUGGAAGUGGUGGUGGAGCUAAUCUUGAAACCAGGCAGGAAGAUUUGUCUUUGGGCCAGCUUUCCAUUGAUGAUUCUUCCGAUUCAAUCUACCGGCAACUGGAACUCUCUUGUCAUUGGAACUCUCCUGUGCUUUUGGCCAUAAAAGGAAACAGAAGAGAAGAGAAAGAAGCACCACGAAAGAGGCAACGCUAUAUUGAUGUAAGGAUGAUGAAUCAACCAUGA